AUUACUCUCUGCAAUUACAAGAAUAAAGCUAGAUGUGCCUAUGAGUUGUAGGCUGAUUGGUUCGUGCAUUUAGAAAACUUCAUGAUUUAUGUGCCUGUGUUUGUAGGCUGAGAAUGGGAGGAGAACUACGAGGAGAAACAAACUAGAAUUGGGAGAAUGCUUAUGAGAGCAAACCUUGUAGUCGAGAGGCAUGCCAGCAAGAUUUGUACAAGAGCAACGUUCGAACAGUUUGGGCACAUACUGAACGAGUGCGGGGCUUAUCAAGUUGAAGAGGUUGACAAACAUAGGACGUACAUUGCAAUCCAUAGUGAAGCAGAGAAGAGGGAGAAGUGGUGCAGGGCAUCUUACAAGGUUACAAUGCUUGAUGAGGGGAAUGAAUUCGAGUUCGAGUGUGGCCAGUUUGCACACGUGGGCCUGUUGUGCAGGCAUGUGUUGAAGGUUCUAGACUUCAUUAGAGCUAAAGAAAUACCAGUGAAACAUAUAGUGAAGAGGUGGAUGAAGGAUGCUCGAGAUAUAUUGCCAGCUCACCUGACACAGUACCAGAAAGACAGUAUAUAGAACAACACAUUCUCAUAUCGACACUUCACCGUGUAC